UGCAUUACGUAGCUAUCGUGGAUAUGAUCAUUCUCUGGGCGAUGCUGUUCACAAAGGAGAAUAUUUGCAACAUACUCUACGGGCAACAAAACAUUAUCCAAGACGUCAGCCGAAAAUCACAAAAACUCCUCCAUCGAGUUCCGAUAACGAUGACGAUAAGGGGUAUUCAGGCAUUAAACAGGUUAUAAACUACAUCACGCGGAAUGUGGUUGCAGAAAUCGUGCGCGAUGCUAAAGACAAUUCACGGGCUGACAAUGUUAACGAAUUGAGCAGAAAAAUAUCUGGCUCUGUCAUCGAUGAGGUCGUUGCAGCUACAGUUGAAAAUCUAAAUAUUGACGAAGUAACGGAUGCGACUAUGGAAUGCGUGAGAAAAUUGGUAACCGCGAAUGCACUUUUAGAAAAGGUUAUAACGAUGAGUGGAAUACGCGGGGUGGGCGCUAUGGAUGCAACAGAGGAAGAGUUGGAUAAGAUGAGAUAUAAGUUUUUCAAAACUGAGUUCUUACACAAGCAAAAAAAGCAAAAAGUUGACACUGAAGCGCUGAUUGAUGCGCCCGGGUUUGCGGCAAGGAUUUAUGAUGAUAAGCUAACGGAUUGUGUUGCCGAUUUCAUCAUUAAUGAUAUCAUUCAGAAACUGAUUGAGGACACUAGUGAUCAUUUAACCGCUUACGUCUCCGAAUACGUAACGGAAGAUAUACUUGACGAGCUAUCGGCAGCAUACGCAGAAUACUUGAAGAAAUCUGAUGAUAUAAACGAAAAUACGAGUGAGGAUGAAACACCUAGAGGCUCUGUGAGUGCUUCGGACAAAUCCCAAUCAGUACAUAGUGGGAGCGAUUCAGUAAUUUGGAAGGAGUUCAUGGAUUAUGAUGACAGUUGUUCGUUCGGUUUGCCAGUACCCAGAGUCUAUGAGCGAUCGAUUUACACUUUUGUCGAUUUUAUAGAGAAUCCAAACUACAUUUUGACAAUGGCGGACAAACCAAGCCUUGAGGAUCUGGUGGCCGAAAGGGUUAACUUAAAUUUGGACCCUAACAAUUUUAUUAAAGUCGGCGACCGCUGGUUCGAAUGCAUAUCUUCGUUGCUGAGAUUGCACUCGAACUGGUUCGCCUCGAAAAAAUGGAACGUUGAAGUCUUUGAGCUCAAUGGGACUGACGUUUCCCCAUCGGCGUUUGAGCUCAUCUAUGAAUGGAUGCGCUUUCGUACGCCCGUCACAUUAUUCAACGCCGUUAAAGUGCUGCAGGCAACUAGAUAUUUGCAGGUGGAUAUACUUAAAGGAGAUUGCUUUAAACUGAUCUCUCAGUCCUAUGUGCGGGAGAAAAUCGCGUUUAAAAUAUUUUUGGACGCCGAGCCUAUGCCACUGCUGAAAGACGUGCGCGAUAUCUUAUUGAAUCGCGUAUGUACCUACUUCUUGCCUUUGGUGGGCAGUGAUAAAUUCAAGGAUCUGAAGCUUCGUCAUCUAUUGAGCAUGCUAACUCGCGACACAAUCGGUGUUAACAGUGAGGCCGAAGUGUUCUAUUCGGCACUACGUUGGCUGAGCAAAUCGGAAGAGCGGCUCAAGCACCUGGAGACGGUUAUAAAGUGUGUGCGAUUCCCUUUUUUGCCAAUGCCCAUGCUAUUUAGGCUGCGCAAUAUGGGCCUGGAGGCGGAGAAGAAGCCCAUUGGCACCACUGAGCGUGUCUUGCAGGAGUUCCAAGCGAAUCCGGAUCUGAGACAAAUGAUAUUCGAUACAAUGACCUACAUUAGCUUGCAUAUUCAGAGGGAAAAGGAUGGCGAAACGAUAACACCGGUUCCCGGAGAUGAAGAGAAAUUGUUUCGUCCGCGAAACUGGAUGUAUCAUCCCAGGUGCGAGUACCAUAUGCAAUGCCUCAAGUAUCCCUAUCAGCACGUGUUCACUGAAGAUGACUUCGACAAAUUUGUACACAUGUUACAAAUUGAAUGGCUUGGCGAUUAUCCACAGCCGAAUAAUAUGCAGGAUGUUGAGUUUGAUGGGGUUGAGGUCUAUGCGCCUAAGUUGAAACCGGACUAGUGAUAUGUUAAAUAUAAUAUGUACAAUAAUUGAAUGCAAAUAAUAAA